AGGCGGCGCUGGGGGCGGGGUGCGAGUGGAGGGGGCGGAUCGAUUGCCAUUUGGAGUGCGAAACGGGCGGAGGCAGUGGCGUGGGCUCCGCGGAACUCCGGGCACCUCGAGGGCCCUCUCCCCUACUCCGAUCCCCGCGAGCAGAAGGCCCGGCCCUCUCCUUAGGCGCCCGCCCGGCUCUUCCGCGCGUCCAGUCCCGCGAGGGCUGCAGGAGGCUGCGAACGUCCCCUGGGGCUGCGUGUUCGGGUCGUCGCCCGCGUCCCCUGUCAAUGCAAUGCCCCAGGCGGCGGCGCCGGCGGCAGCAGCAGCAGCAGCAGCUCCGGGCUCCUCGCGGCCCCGACCGUGACCGCCACGCCGAGCGCAAUCGGGCGGUUGGGGCCGUUGGACGUUUGUUUCCUCAGCCUUCCCCUCCCCCCGUCGCCGAGGCGUCGGGGGUGCGCGUUGAGAAGGGGGAGCCGAGAGACUCCUCCCCCUCCCCGAUCCCCCCGCCCCUCUCUCUUACACACUCGCACGCACUAUCGCGCCGGCUCCCACACGCUCGCGCGCCUCGGUGUCGGCCGGCGUCGUCCAGGGCUCGCGGAGCCACCAUGUCCACUGCCUCCUCCUCCACCACCUCUUCCUCCUCCACCUCCUCCUCCUCCUCGUCCAGUUCCUCUCAGACCCCUCAUCCCGCGCCGCAGAGGAUGCGGCGCAGCGCCGCGGGCUCGCCGCCGGCCGCUCCCGCCGCCGCGAGCGGGAACGGUGCGGGCGCCGGCGUGGGCUGCGCCCCGGCGGCGGGAGCCGGCCGGCUGCUGCAGCCCAUCCGCGCCACGGUGCCCUACCAGCUCCUGCGGGGCAGCCAGCACAGUCCCACGCGCCCGCCCGCUGCCGCCGCCGCCGCCGCCGCCGCCUCGCUGGGCAGCCUCCCGGGGCCCGGCGCGGCCCGCGGCCCCAGUCCGCCCAGCCCGACGCCGCCGCCGCCGGCCGCGGCCCCGGCCGAGCAGGCGCCGCGAGCCAAGGGCCGCCCGAGACGGUCCCCCGAGAGCCACAGGAGGAGCAACUCACCUGAGAGACGGAGCCCCGGCUCGCCCGUGUGCAGAGUGGACAGACCAAAAUCUCAGCAAGUUCGAACCUCUAAUACAAUAAGGCGAACCUCUUCUUUGGAUACGAUAACAGGACCUUACCUCACAGGACAGUGGCCACGGGAUCCUCAUGUUCAUUACCUUUCAUGCAUGAAAGAUAAAGCUACUCAGACACCUAGCUGCUGGGCAGAAGAAGGAUCAGAAAAGAGAUCGCAUCAACGUUCGGCAUCAUGGGGGAGUGCUGAUCAACUCAAAGAGCAGAUUGCCAAACUGAGGCAGCAGCUACAACGGAGUAAACAGAGUACUCGGCACAGUAAGGAGAAAGAUCGUCACUCACCUCUCCAUGGCAACCAUAUUGCAAUUAAUCACACUCAGGCUACUGGAUCAAGAUCAGUCCCUAUGCCACUGUCAAAUAUAACAGUGCCAAAAUCAUCUGUUUCACGUGUGCCCUGCAAUGUAGAAGGAAUAAGCCCUGAGUUAGAAAAGGUAUUCAUUAGAGAAAAUAAUGGGAAGGAAGAAAUAUCCAAGCCUUUAGAUAUACCGGAUGGUCGGAGAGCUCCACUCCCUGCCCACUACCGGAGCAGCAGCACGCGCAGCAUUGACACGCAGACCCCUUCUGUCCAGGAGCGCAGCAGUAGCUGCAGCAGCCAUUCCCCCUGUAUCUCUCCCUUUUGUCCCCCGGAAUCCCAUGAUGGUAGCCCUUGCUCAACAGAAGAUUUACUCUAUGAUCGUGAUAAAGACAGUGGGAGUAGCUCACCGUUACCCAAGUAUGCUUCAUCUCCCAAACCAAACAACAGCUACAUGUUCAAACGGGAGCCCCCAGAGGGAUGUGAGCGAGUGAAGGUCUUUGAGGAAAUGGCGUCUCGCCAGCCUAUCUCAGCCCCUCUCUUUUCAUGUCCUGACAAAAACAAGGUUAAUUUCAUCCCAACUGGAUCAGCUUUCUGUCCUGUAAAACUUCUAGGUCCUCUCUUACCCGCCUCUGACCUGAUGCUCAAGAACUCGCCUAACCCAGGACAGAGCUCAACUCUGGCCACCCUUAACGUUGAGCAGCUCUCGUCCCGGGUUUCCUUUACGUCUCUCUCCGAUGACACCAGCACAGUGGCAGCAUCAGAUGCCUCUGUCCAGCAGCCAACCCCACAGCAGCAGCUCCUGCAAGAAUUACAGGGCGAAGAACACAUCUCUGCUCAGAGCUAUGUGAUCAUCUAAACCACCUGGGGGAGCUGGCCUCGACCCUGCGUUCAGUGGAUUAGGAGCUAGGUCUCAGACAUCUCUCUGCAUGGAGUGACAGAUUUUCUGACCACCACCACCACCACUCACAAAAUACUUACUAGCAUCGUAAAGUAACUUUGAACAUGGAUCUUGGCAGGGACGGACCUCCUAUUCAGUUUUUUGGCUUUCUUGGGGUUUUUUUGUGUGUGUGUGAAAAGCAGUAAUGCUUACAAAAUGUGCGUCAUUCAGCAUUUUAAAUGGAGACUAUGCAUUUCAUAGUAUGUCGGACAGAUUAGUACUAUGUCCCAUGUUUUAUUCCAAAUUCUUCAGUAUAAAUAAGCUCUAUUCAAAAUGUUGCCUGUCGAAAUAGAUGAUGUCUUGCUGUGUUUUGUCCUAUGGAAAAUACUGUACUUCAGGAUUAUGUUUACAAUUGAUCCAGGUGUUUGUUUCUAACUUCUGUACUACAUACAAUGCAAAAAAAAAAAAACCCACACAUAUGGCCACAAUAGUUGCACAGUGCCCACCCUAUGGCCUAGCUUCAGGUACUUCAAUUGAAGUCUAAACUCAGGUAACUUGGAAUGUAUAUCAUAUUGGGAUAUUAAAUAUUUCACAUAUUAAAAAGCUAAAGAGGGAACAUCACUCUUUUGUCUUUCCUUCAUUUAUGCAUUUCCCUUUCCUCAUAACAUUCCACAUUCUUAGAAUAAGAUGUGCGUUCAACCCUAGGAGAAUGAUAAUCCUGGACAUGUGUGAACAUGAGGAGAACCAGCAAAUCUGUGGUGUCUUGAGAUCAUUUUCAUCAUAUGAUUACAAGCAGAAAGAUGAUUGCAGUCACUGUUUCUAUAUGUAUAAAUGUGGCUUUUUUUUUAAAGUUCGGGUGUUGCUCAAUUCAUGACUGUUAAUAACGUUGCAAAAAAUAUCCAGGACUAUUAUGAACAGACACAUUCCACUUUUUUAUGAUGGAAUUUACAGACAAGAAUGAUUGUGUUUGAUUUCAGAGCAAGUGAACAGGGGAUGGAUGGAAUUUUUGAUUUUUAUUGAUCAUCAGGGUCAUGAAAUGCUACUGUUUUAUCUAAGUAAAUGCCUAUUAAAGAUUAGUUUCUCUUUAGGGAAUUCUUUAAUUUUCAGAGUAAGAAAGGACAUGUUUCAGUCAUUGUUUUCUUCCAGCAGUUGAGGUACAUGCAUUGCAUUCACUAAGAGAUUAUGUGAACGGUGUAAGUAAGAAGGUUAUUUAGUGACAUAUAAAAGAUUGAAGCUGUCUCAGUUAAGCCUCUCAGAAUAAUUUCAUGAAGAGUUCUGUUAGUAUUUUGGCCAACUAGAUUAGAGCAUAAACCCAGACAGAUAGCCUUGAACUUGUAGACUCAAACUCAUCGCUCUGCAAAGCAUGAAGAAGAAUGCUCCCAGAGAGUUCUGAUGGCCCAUAGAAGUCUGACUUGCAGACAUUGUUUUCUGCCGCACAAAUAAUAUCCAAAAGCAGAGGAAGCUUUGCAUUUUUAUACUGUUGGUCUUUGUUUACUAUAUCCUAGAGUUGUUUCACCUGCACCUAAAGUGUGUGGCACAGUUUUCUUAAGAAAUAGAGGAAUAAGGUGCCUACAGUUACAGGAACGUUUCAGUUCCCUUCAGUCAUUCCUGAGUUUUUAUUUUCUAAGGAGGCUAAAGAUGGAAGGGGUGUUAAAGAAGAAAGCAGCACCAUUUUUUUUAAAAAAAACAGUAUAUAUGUAUAUGUUCGUGUGUAUGUAUUCUUUGUAUUAUUUUAUGACGAUCCCAAUUCUUCUUUCCACCAAAGUUUGCCGUAAUAUUCUCUCGUGAAGGUGCAUUCUGGCUCCUUUAAAUUAGUCAGUGUUAUAUUGUAGGAGACUGUCAUGGAAAAGGACUCAGUUUACUUUUGCCAUUGUCACAGGGGAACCUUUUAAAACAAUCUUUUCAACAGCAGACACCUUUAACCCUAAUAAUCUCAGGCCUUGAUGAAAAUACUAUAUUUUGUAGAUUAUGGUUAAAGGGAGAAAAAUAUUAGUUCUGUAAGAUAAAUAUGAGCUCCAUUAACUUCUGAUAGCUGGUUUAGCAUUAUAUAAUGUGUUGAUCUUAUGCUCUGCUUUUGUCCAAAUAAGAUGCAAUAGUAUCAAUAUGAAUUUCUGAAAGAUGAACUGAAUAUGCUUUUUGGUGAUUAAAUCUAAUGUAUAUUUAUAGUGACGUGCUUUUAUUUUCUCAUGAGAAACUAAAUAUUGUGUUGUACAUUUGUCCUUAGCUUAUAUUAAAGUUCUGAACCAAAUGUAUUAAAGCUUAUGCUUUGCCAUGUAAAUUUCCCAGAAGUUGUUGAGCUCAAAUGUAUCCUACAUCCAGCUGUAGAAAUUUGUCAGAAGUUGUUUAAAUUUUGUAUAUAGUUGUACUGUUUAAUUCUAGCCACUGCACUGAACAGUAUUCGAGUUACUAUACAAUAUGGCUUUACACAAGAAAACGUGUGGCUUUUGUUUUGUAUUUUUUCAGUAUAGAAGUUCCUGUGUCUUAUUUAAAUAAAGUUAUUAGUAAAACUGGA